AAAGCCAAGAAAACCAAAAACUGAAAAAUGAAGAUAGCGAAAAAACUGAAAACGCAUCGUGGCCACAGUUUGCGGAAGUUACCAGUCAGAAGGCUAAAAAUAUGGGGAAACGAGAAAUAAGUAAAAUUACACCCCGUCUUGCAAAAAGAAGUAACGACCCAAAACGGGGCGUGUAA